AGCGGCCCGUGUCCGUCAGUCGGCAAGAGGUCAGCAUCGGUGUAGGAUGUGUGUGCGCGGCUGGCUGGCGGUGAGCGUGUGUGUGACGCUGAUAACGAUAACGAGAGUUACCGGUGCCCCCGACACUUCCACAUGGAUACGGCCACAGCCACAACAGACUCUCCAUGGUCUGAUGGUAUCAAUAGAUGAGAGACUGCACACUCUAGAGAAUGCCAGGUGGGAGACAACACUGAAGCAAGUGGAACAACGACUCGACUCCUUGGAAACCGCCAUCAGGAGGUUAGACUCCACAUUCCAGGAUCGUUUGGAUAAGUUUGAGAGAAAUCUGAACUCUAACGAGCUCAAGGAUGAACUGAUGGUGGAAAAGCUAACCCACAAAGUGCGAGAUAUCCUGGAUAUGAGUUACGAUCGCUACAAUCGUCGGGUAGGAUACACAGAAGAGAGACUAGAAAUUUCUUUCAAAAAAGUGCAAAUGAGCGUUGAAGGAAGUUUAAACAGAAUAGAAAAGGGACAAGAUGAUAUCCAAACAGAAAUUGAGGAAGCUUUCACACUUUUAGAGGAGCUGAAGAGUCAAUCGUCAAAUACAGAAGACAAACUGAACUCUACUCACAAAGCGAUACAACAACAUUUACAGACGCUGAUUGUGCCAAACAACGAGCAGCUACAGAGGAUUUCAGGGUCUCUGGAAAACUUGGGUUCCAGACUUAACAGCAGUAACCUGGUAGCCUGGGGUAGCCAAAAUGAUGGGCCACAGGUCAACGAUGUCAUCACUACUAUACGCUCGGAGAUCAAUUUGGAAGGCACCAAAUUUACCAACAAGGUAAACAACAUGUACAAUGAUAUGUGGAGAAGGAUGGUGUCUUUGGAGUCACUUGUCAAGGAUUUGACUAGAUCCAGCAACUCAACACAACGAGAGAUGAUGGACCAAGUGAGGUCACUGAUCCUUGAUGACCGAAGAGACUUCGCUGCUGACUCUCAAGAAAAUUUUAUGGAAGUGGCACUGGACGCAUUGGAACGCAAAUUACAGCGGAAAUUGAUAGACCUGGGUCGCAAAGUAGACGAUCGAUUGAACAGUCUUGGAGCUACCCAAAACCUUCUCAUGGACAGCUGCUUUGAUGGUGGUAUCUGCCGCGACCUAGACUCAAGGCUUUCACAAGUCUUGGAGAGGAUAUUUGAUGUUUUCUCAGACAAAAUACAGAGCUUUUAUAACAAAACAUAUGAAACGGAUGAAUUGGUGGUUGAGAUGAUGGAACUGGUAAAGAAUCAACAUAGUCAGCUGAUCAGAACUGUAACUCAUAACACCAACAUGGUAGUAACACUGGCCAAGGACAGCAGUGAUGCCAACAAGCUCUUACAUAACUCUGUGACUCAGCUCUCUGAGAAAACAGAGUACAAUUUCCAGGAACUACUUGAUGAAGUUCAAGAUAUAUCUAACACCAGUGGAAAAAUCUGUGCAGAAGGUGAUAAACUUAAUGAAGAAAUAAUUUAUGACGUGCAACAAUCUGUUCCAGUUCCCAAAAAUAUUACUGAAGUUAAAAUUAUUACUUUAAAUAAAACAAAAUCUACAGAGGAUAAAACACCUAAGCAGCAUGACCCAGGUGUUUUGAAAAUAACAUCUGAUGAGAUAGAAUCAUUGGGUGAGAAAAGUUCUUUAGCUACCAAUCCAUCUCCUAUUGGAAUAACACUUAAUACAACAAUGAUGGUUGAUUCAUCUAUCAUGCAAGUGAUUGGCAUGAUAUCACCAAAUUUAACUGAAGAUCAGUUAGAAACAUUCUUGCAAUAUCUCAACAAUUCAGUAAGCCUUGAAGGUUUGGAAGCCAUAAUCCAAAACACUGAAGCUGAAGCUGAACAAGAUGUAGGCUUACUUGAUAGUACAAGUGACGAAAUAUACGAUUCCGAAUCAUUUAAUAAGACCAACUUUCUUACCGAUGUUAAUGUAGUAGUAAGUAAAAUAACUAAUGCAACUUAUAAAAAUGCUGAAGAAAAAUAUGUUUCAGAGGAGAACAAUGAUGAAAUUGAUCAUGAUUUAAUGAGUUAUGCAGAGAUCACAGAAAAUUCUAAAGAAAUUGACAGCAAGGAAAUUAUAAAAGAAAACCUGAACCAAACAGAAGUUUUAGAGGUUUCACCUCUAAUACAGGAACAAAUAAAAGUGUAUGGCUUAUUGAUGAAGAUGAAAUAUGGAAAUUUAAAUACAACAGAACUGUGGUUGGAAAUCUCGAAAAAUAAAGGUAAUGGUAAAAAAGCAGAACAACUGUGUGUUUUAGAAAAGCUGUGUUAUGGGGAAAAAACAACUAAAAAUGUUAAACCAGAAUAUAUAAACAAUGUAAUGAGAAACAGACUCAUUUUUAUAAAUCAGACCAUAAAUGAUGUAUAUUUAUAUGAGAAAAUAGAAGAUAUUUGUAAUAUGAUGACAGAGUCAUUACAAACUAAAAAUACUGGUAAAAAUAUUUUAUCUGAUGGCUAAAUGUUUUAUGUAUUGAAACCAUACGGAAAACUGUGCCAUGAUUAAAACACCAAACUUAUACUAAACUUUAUGGUUGUAUUAAUUCUAUUAAAGUUGUAAUAACAA